ACAUGUUACUUCGUCGGAGCAGAUAAAGCAAACCAGGCCACAGAAUGUACUCUACAAAGGAACUUGGCAAACACCGCCGAAACAAACCACCGCCGGCAGCCGCCGGCCACCGUUUCGCCCGAGUCCAGUCACCUCCCUCCACGCCCUUCCGUCCGCGCGCGCAUGCGCAUCCAGUCAGCGCGCGCUCGCCCGCCCGCUUCCGCUUCCACCCUCGCGACUUUAUCCACUCUCACCAACGGAGCUUCAUCCCCCCGGCCUCCGGAUUCUCUCGCCCCAGACCGAACAACCCCACGUUCGCCACGUGCGCGCGCGCCACCGCCUCGCCGUCCCGGCCAAUGAUCUAGAGCCUCGCGGAUCUGACGCGGCGCCCCCGCCCCGCCUCCGCGGUCCGGCCACCGUCUCGGUCGCUUGCCGAGCUAGGCGCGCGCCUCCCCGCCCGCCGUUCGUGCCGCCCUCGCCGGCUCAGGGGGGCGCGUGCGGCGAGUCCGCCCAUGGGGACGCUCGUGUGGCUGAGGCCGACCGCGGCCCCGGCCGUCCCCGCCGGUCCCUCCGUCGCCCACGUGGUGGCUGCCGCUGGUAUGAAGGGCCGGACUCGGUGGGUGUCCGUGGCGUCCCGCUGCCCUAGCCCGCGGGUGCUCCAGGCGGGGAGGUGCCGGUGGCUGGUUGUCAGGUCGGGUGUCACCGCCGCUGCCGCCGAUGACCCCGAGGAUUCGUCGCGGCUACCAGAGCUUCAAGUGGCUUCGAGGAUCAGAGGGUUCUUCUUCUACACUGUGACUGCUGUUGCGGCGAUCUUUUUGUUUAUAGCUAUGGUUGUGGUUCAUCCACUUGUGCUCUUGUUUGACCGACACCGUAGGAGAGCCCAGCACUAUAUCGCAAAGAUUUGGGCUACUUUGACAAUUUCCAUGUUCUACAAGCUUGAAGUCGAGGGAACGGAGAAUCUACCUCCCAAUAGUAGCCCUGCUGUCUAUGUUGCUAACCAUCAGAGCUUCUUGGAUAUCUAUACCCUUCUAACUCUAGGAAGGUGCUACAAAUUUAUAAGCAAGACCAGUAUCUUUAUGCUUCCAAUUAUUGGGUGGGCAAUGUAUCUCCUGGGUGUCAUUCCUUUACGACGGAUGGACAGCAGGAGUCAGCUGGACUGUCUAAAACGGUGUGUGGAUUUGGUGAAAAGGGGGGCAUCUGUAUUUUUCUUUCCAGAGGGAACUCGAAGUAAAGAUGGAAAGCUAGGUAUAUUCAAGCGAGGAGCAUUUAGUGUCGCAGCGAAGACUGGGGUUCCUGUGAUACCUAUUACUCUUCUCGGGACAGGGAAACUGAUGCCUCCUGGAAUGGAAAGCAACCUUAAUUCAGGUUCAGUAAAAGUCAUCAUUCACCAUCCAAUUGAGGGGAAUGAUGCAGAGAAAUUAUGUACCGAUGCAAGGAAUGUGAUAGCAGACACUCUUCUUCAACAUGGUUAUGGAGUGCACUAACGGAAGUGGGUGAAUUUUCCUGUUCAAUGGAUCAUGGAACCUAGUUUGCCGAAACGUGUCGACUCAAGGCAAAGCCAGUUUACAGGUACUAGUUAUUGACCAGUUCGAUAUUCUGAGAACCAAUAGGAAAUGCUAUUUGCUUCUUAAGAAAAAGAAUUUUUUGAAAUGAAAGAGCUUCCACGGGCGUCAGAUAUUAUCUCUCCAAAUAAGGUUCAUGUAGCAUAAUGGUAUGACUGCGCGAGACAUAUCUUCAGUUUAAACUUUAAGAAAAAGGACUCCUUCAGUUUGAAUAUUUGCCACACAUUUAGAGGUUUGAGAUUGUUAUCUCCACUGCAUGGAGGCAUGAGACGAGUGUCGUAAUAAGAGACUGAAUAUAACACAGAUGUAUUUGGUGGAGGAAAUACUUGUAAGUACUACGUAUUUAUUAAAAGGAAGAACUCCAAAGAUCUACCCUUGUUUGUGCAGCUGGUAGAGGUGCUGAGUGCAGGCAUUCCUUUUGCUCCAGAAUGAGGACACAGGCUGAAGGAAGAAUAAAAACGCCUUGUGCUUGUUAGUUGCUGUUUGUGACUUGUAAAAUAGGCUUUGAUGUAGUUUAUCUUCCACAAAUUGUAGUUUGCAGUUUUGGCCUUGUUCUAUACGUAUUAUUUAACAUGACAAAGAUGUGGUGUGGCGAAUAACUCAUCUCGAUUUUGAUGUUGCCAUAUUCUACAUACUGAGAAGAUAACAAAGAUUUUUUUUUUUCUGCGGGUGAGAAGAUAA